AUUCUGCUCACUGUCAUUCACCAAUUGGAGGUCAAGUUGAUGUUAAUAAAAUUCUUGAUAGCUAUGAACAAAAACGAUAUUCUAUCAGUAAAAAUGUUGUUUCAGAUACUGGCUUUAUUACGAAAAUAUUAG